CUUCUUCAACUCUCUCAGCACUCAGCAGCCAUUGCCAACAAAGAGUGAAGCAAAGCAAAAGAAGAAAAAAAAAUGCAAUCAUUGCAGCAGAAGGCGUCGGAAUGGAGUGGGGUUGACCCGAAUGAUGCAUUCGCCAUUGAUGAAACCAAUCUCUUUGAAAAACUUGGUCUUCAGGCUUUCAUCAAUCUCUCUACCAAUUUCUACAACAGGGUGUAUGAUGAUGAGGAAGAGUGGUUUCGAUCAAUUUUCUCUAAUUCAAGUAAAGAAGAUGCCAUUAGGAAUCAAUAUGAAUUCUUUGUACAGAGAAUGGGAGGGCCUCCUUUGUACUCGGAGCGAAAAGGUCAUCCAGCAUUAAUUGGACGCCAUCGCCCAUUUCCAGUCACUCAUAAGGCUGCUGAUAGAUGGCUACAACAUAUGCAACAAGCACUAGACAGCGUUACAGACAUUGAUGAAGACUCCAAAACUAAAAUGAUGAACUUUUUCAGGCACACUGCUUUCUUUCUGGUAGCUGGAGAUGAGUUAAAGAAUCAAAAUCAGAGUGUUGCAUGUAAACAUGCUGCCAAUAAGCCAGCUGCAGAAUAAGCUUUUACAGAAUAAUUGAUCAUAGAAAUAACAUAUGUACUAUGACUAUUGACUUAUGAUUAUCUCAUCAAUCAAAUUUAUGAAUGUACCUUCUCAAUCA